CUGUCCUGGCCUAAAUUAAUUCUCAUUCUAUUCAGAUUAGAGACAGCCUCUUGGCAUUCGUUGUGUGUUUCUCCGAAUUUCCCUUUACUUUCUUCUUUGAUGAUAGACUAGUAAUGUGUGUCUCUAUUUUUCUUUUUUCUUUGUAUAAUUAUUUUGCCACGGGUCAUUGAUUUCACUACUUUUAAGUCACAGAACGGUACCAGUAAAGCCCAAUUCAAAAUUUUAAGUUUUUCUUGGAGUCUUGCUUACUUGAAUAUUUCCUCUCUGAAAGAAGUUCUGGAAAAGUUGUUGAGCUUGUUCCCCGAAAUAAAAAGUCAAAGGUUCUCAAACAAAGAGAUAUUGGAAUUCACCUUUUCCAAUAAUCAAAAUUAGUAAAACUAUGAAGGCUGGAUCCUUUUAUAACGCUGCCAAAGACGCAUGCUUAUACAUAAAGCACAGGCGCAGACACAUAAUAGAGUUGGAUAACAAUUUCACCAUACUCAGGUUAAGGCACGGAAGGCUUCUCGGUUUGGAAGAAUAUAUUGAAGAAAAAUUGAGAUUUAAAACAAAAAAUAAGAAAUACGAUAAAUUGCAGUAACAGAUAGCAGAUAUCAAAAGAAAAUAUGAGGAUAUAGAAUCCAGAUUCAACAAGUCAGGUGGCCGUGAACGUUCUCAAAGAGUGUCCACAAAUGAAAAUGUGGCUAAUGGAGGAGAAGGUAGUACUAGUUCAGCUCAAGUGGCACAGAAUCAACAUAUAGGUCGGCGAAAAAUUUGGACCAGAAAAUUCUUCAGUAAUGCAAGACUUGAUAAGGAUGUUAUGAAGCUAACUGGAGAAAUUGACGCGCUAAAGAUUGAGGAUGUGAAGCUUGAGACACUAGUAACGGAAGAAAUCCAUGUUCAAAGGAAAAACGCCCCCAAGGGAGAUCAUAUGCCGCUCUGGCGGUAUGUCAAAAAAAUCCUUGAGUACUUAGAAAAUGCAAGUACUAAGAGAAUUGGAAUAUGUGGAGAACCUCAAGUGGGAAAAUCAACUGUUCUAAAAGAGUUAAAUAAUUGCUUUCAUCCAGGAGUUUCUUCUUAUUUAUCGCCAUCAUCAUUAAAUAGUUUGAAGUAUGAUGUAGUCAUUUGGGUGAAUUUUCCUUCAAAGGAUUCUGGGAACGUUAAGGAAAAGAUGCAGCAGGAGAUUUUGAUAAGCAUCCGUGAACAUGACAGGCAAAGUUUAGGGCAUAAUGCAGCUAAAAUUAGCGAAGUUUUAGCGAAACGCAAGUACUUGCUGAUUCUGGAUGACAUUUAUGAAGCAAUAGACUUGGCAGAUCUAGGAAUUCAUGAUGACCAUGAAUUCGGUAAAAUUGUUAUCGGAGCUAGUGGACAAGGUGUACUGAAGCGCAUGAAUGUAGAUGAAACUAUUUUGAUAGAGAAACUAGAAUAUGAUGCUGCAGAAAAGUUCUUUAAGGAAUGUUUAAGUCUUGAGUCUAGUGACGACAACCUAUCGUUGGUGCAACCCUAUAUCGAGAAAAUUAUUGAACUCCUUGGUGGGCAUAUAGGGGCACUUGUUGGAAUUGCAGACUAUAUGAAAGGGUUGGGAACCAAUAUUUCAGACUUAGGUGUUUGGAAAGCUGUAGUACAGGAUCUACAAUCUCCAAAUUCACCUGAAAACCUUGAACUAGGAGCACUGGAGAAAGCAUACAAGUUACUGUAUGAAGGACUGCAGGAUAUGAAUCUGAGGAAGUGCUUACUGUAUGUUGCUCUGUUUCCAGUUGGAUAUCACGCCCACACAAGCUAUCUUGUAGAAUGUUGGAAGGCUGAGGAGUUCUUGCACGGUUACCACACGUUUAAGGAAGCACGCACUAGAGGACAUGUUGUAUUACUAAAGCUCACAGAAAGACGCUUAUUAGAAUGGUCCGAUAAGGAGCAUUUGAAGAUGCCGAUACUUUUCAGAAAGAUUGCCUUGCAGAUACCAUAUCCCGAUGAUGAAGGAGAGGGCAAAUUAUUGGUGCGAAAUAUUUCAAAUAGAUGUAACCACCCUUCUGAACAAGAUUGGAAUAUUGCUAAAAGAAUAUCACUGAUGUGCGGAAAACUGAAUUCGGAAUUCUUGCCCGACUGUCCAAUGUGUAAUAACACGUUGACAUUAUUGCUGCAGGCCAACCUGACAUUGGACGUGAUUAAUGAUCUAUUCUUCGUUAACAUGGGUAAUCUUCGAGUGUUGGACUUGCAGCGCACAGGAAUAAUUAGCCUGCCAAAUUCAAUCUCAGCAUUGAGGCUUUUGAAAUGUCUAUACUUGAAUGAUUGUUCCCGUUUGGAAAGUUUACCAACUGAAAUACAGGAACUCAAGCAACUAGAACUGCUUGAUAUUCGUCGUACUUUGAUGCGCUGCUUGCCCGAUGAGAUCUGGUACUUAACAACACUAAGGUGCUUGCGUAUUUCAGUUUAUAGCCUAGCAGGAGGCACAGACUUCUCGAAAGAAAUUGUGGUCAUGCUUUCUCGACAAGAGCCUUUGCCAUGCUUUUCCCUGGAAUUUCUAAAGCUUAAAUUUCUUGAGGAGUUGACUGUUCAUGUAGAUCCACAGACACCAGAUAGGAGAUUAAUUGUUGAUCAAUUUAAAAAGGUGCUCAAGAAGGAACAGAAACAUUAUUUGAUUGUCAGAUGGGAACCUGAGGAGUCAUAUCUUCACAAUUCAAAUAAUGUGGUAGCAAAUAGCACACUCCCUCAUUCAUCAAGCCCAAUAACAGAGAAUGGUAUUACUGAGAUGCAGCCCACUACUUUUAAUGAACUGAACCAUGUAAAACAGCUGGAUAAUACUGAGGCUUCUACGUCGACACCUAAUUCGGUGCCUCGUGAAAGUACUAAAGAGUGGGUUGCGGAAACAUUUGGGAGCAAAAAUCUCAAGAAGCUAGACUAAUGUGGUGGUUUCAGAUGAGCAUGAAUUCUGCAGAAAUUUGGCAGGAAAAUUUGUUGACUGGAGAGAGAAUUUGUUGGGCCAUGCCCAUGUUUUCCAGCCAAAGGUCCAUAUGGCCUAAUCCUGUUCUAUUUAGGUUUUGUUUCCUAUUUAGAAUUUUGGCUUUUAAGGAAAAGAGUCAUUCAUUAUUUAAAUAAAAUAACCUUUGAGAAUUGUGUCAUGGUUUUGAUAUUAGUGUUUGAAAGACUUUUAGUACAUAAGAGAGGUUUGACAGAGCAACUACUUAGUGUAUUAUGUAUGAAACCUUGUUCCUUUGCUCCAAAUUUUUUGUGUGAACCAACCUUGUUCAAUUUGUGUUUUCCGUUUCGAUCACCAUUGGACCAAGCUGAAUUUUGAGCUUAGAGUUAUCAACAUAUGUUCCUUGAAUUUGAACGGUGGAGAUUGGAUUUGGAGGCUUGCAGAUUCAGAUUUCGACUGCCGGCAGUUGCUCCGUAUUUGAGUCAUUUCUCUCUUUUCUUCGAUCGAUUUGUUGUUGCGCUCUGUUAUUGUUGCUCUGUGUUCGACACUUAUUGUGUAGACAUUUUUGGAGAACUUUUGACACUCUCUUAUUG